AUGUCCGCACCCGGAGGCUUGACUCGCCGACGAGGCGGCGGUCGAGCUGGCGGCCCAGAAGAUCAAGAUGAGAGCCGCGUGGCUUCCCCAGUCUCGAGGAAUAACUCUGCGAUGGACAACCGCGGCCCGGAGACUUCGUUCACAGCCGGAGAGAAUGGUCACAAGAUCGCAUUCGACCCCCGCGACCUCAGCGAAACCGAAGAGCGGAGUAAGCAGCCUAAAUUGACUUUGAUGGAGGAAGUAUUGCUGCUGGGUUUGAAGGAUAAACAGGGUUACCUGUCCUUUUGGAAUGAGAACAUCUCCUAUGCCCUGCGAGGGUGUAUCGUUAUCGAACUCGCCCUCCGCGGUCGUAUAAGUAUGCAGAAAGAUUCUUCACGCCGACGCUUUCCCCUGGCCGAUCGUGUAAUCGAGGUCAUCGACGACACAUUGACUGGGGAGGUCUUGCUGGACGAGACGUUGAAAAUGAUGAAAUCGAGCGAGAAGAUGAGCGUAAACUCUUGGAUUGACCUGCUGAGUGGCGAAACCUGGAAUUUGAUGAAGAUCGGUUAUCAAUUGAAACAAGUGCGUGAGCGAUUGGCUAAAGGCCUUGUGGACAAGGGCAUCCUACGAACCGAAAAACGCAACUUCCUCCUCUUCGACAUGGCAACUCACCCUGUGGCCGAUGGCGGCGCUAAAGAUGACCUCCACAAGCGGGUACGCAACAUCUGCAGCAACCGUACUGUCAUUAUUCCUUCUUCCCAAUGGCUUCCCGAAGAUUCCGAGUUUCGCUACCUUCGAACUGUUACAAUGGUCUGUGCCGCAUAUGCGGCCAACGUUUUGGAGAAUGCAUUGGUUACUAUGAGCCACGAGGCCCGAGAGCGAGCUUUUGCUCAAGUGGAUGAGCUGCUAGCGGAGUACUCACAAUGGCCUUUUGCUCGGCGACCGGGCGGUUCACAGGCGAUUGGUGCCAACCUGGCCCAGGCGAUCAACGACGAAGUCAACAAGCAAGAUCGUGAGCUCCAGAUGGAGAUUGUUGCCGCAUGCUUGAGCGUUUUCACCAGACUUGAUUCCUUACUCUAA